AUGAAUCGAUUCGAUAGCUCAUCCAAACAAGACAAAGAUGAUGACAAAAAUGUUAAAGGGAAUUGUACUAAGCAAACGAAAAUUUUGGAACUGGACUUGGACUACUUGGAGAGAGGAGGCGGUACCCUGACAGUUACGGGUGCACCCAGCGUGGAGCCCAGUCCCGACAGCCUUGAUCUUGUUAAGGUUGUGUUACUCGGGGCGCCGGCUGUCGGCAAAACCAGCAUUAUUCAGCAAUUCGUCUGGAGCGACUUCUCUGAAGAGUACGUGCCAACAGAUCGCAAGCACACGUUCUAUCCCUCGGUGAUCAUAAACGAACAUUUAUAUGAAGUGAAAAUAACCGACGUGCCCGUUAUACCGUAUUUCCCAAUAAAUUCCUACUACGAAUGGGCGCAUUACCGAUUUUAUGGCCUUCGUAAUGCCACAGCCUAUAUUCUGGUUUUCGAUUUAUCAAACGUGGAAACUUUCCAGUAUAUUAGAACACUACGAGAUCAGAUGGUGGAAAGUAGGGACAUGAGAAACGUUCCCGUUUUAGUUGUAGGAAACAAACAGGACUUGUUGUGUAGCAAUACGCCUUCUGCUGUAACUGGGCUUCAGCAGCUGGCGAUGGCAGAAAGUGCAUGUGGAGAUUCGAGGGAAAAACGACGCAAUAUUGUUAACCUCGUCCGGAAGCACUGGAAAUGUGGAUACGUCGAAUGUUCGGCCAAAUAUAACUGGCGUGUUAUAGCCGUGUUCAAAGAACUGAUGGAGAUGAUCGAUGCUCUUGAGUGGAGCGGUGGUGGAGGUCGCAGUGCUGAACCUCCACCCGACUGUUCUGCAGGAGGAGGUACAGGAACACAUGAAAAUCGCUGUGUGGUUGCUUAG